AUUAACUCUUCAGAAAGAAAUGCAAAUGGCCAGCAACAUGGCUUGAUAAAAAGUGAUAUACAAUAGAUAAUGUUAGAGUACAUUUAAAGGGAAAGAGAGUGAGAUUUGGGGAGAGGCAGACAUUUAGUAUUGUUUAUAGGCUGCAGUUCUUAAUAUAAAAAACGCAGGAUCCAAUAUAAUGGAUCAUAUAACCGCGUGGCAGUGACUUGUCGUCACGCAGAGGAGGAACACAAUGUGCUGCGGUGACUGUUUGACGUCGGAACCUAUUCACGGACGCACUGGGAAGAUAAUUGUUUACAAACAACGAAGUGCCAGAAAAACACGAAAUCGUCACCGAAAAUCAGAAAAUGUGGCCCUUCUAUAAUUCCAACGCGGGUAGAGAACCAUCACAGUCAUAACAGCGAGUAGAAAUCGCGUCCUUCGCGGGAUAUUUCCAUUGUGUGUACGGGGGCGGUGAUAUAAAGCCGAGCAGGUGCAGUGUCUAAGUUACGAGGCGGCGUUGGCUGCGGGCCGUCGGCGGGACACAUGGCCGAGGAAGGCAACAAGCUGACACUGAGGCGCUUGGAGGCACCAAUCCACAAGUUCAUUAAAGUGGCUCUCCCCACGGACCUGGAGAGGCUGCAGAAACACCACAAUAACAUACUGAAGUACCAACAAAGCCUGCAAUGGGACCGGCUUCAUCUGGAGCAUAUUAAUGCCAGCAGAACUGUUCAGCAGCUGAGAGCUAACGUCAGAGAGAUGGAGAAGCUGUGCACACGGGUCCGUGCCGAAGACGCCGACGCUUUGGAAGAGCUGGUCAAGCCGGUCAGAGAUCGGGCAUCGGCCGCAGCACGAGACUUCUUGCUUUUGCACUCGAACCCCGCGCCGCAGCCAGCGCGAGCAACGCCGCCGUCCAGCUGUGUGUCCAGCAGUUGCCAUACGGAUGACAAUAUGUGCGAAGAGCCAGUCUCUGGCAGACAAAUUCAGCUGCAACUUCCAGAAAUCCCUGCUGAUCAGAGUGCAGCGGAGUCCUGGGACAACCUGGAAGAGGACCUGAAGGAACUGGGCGGUUUGGUGACGGAGUUUUCUCUGCUCGUCCACUCCCAGCAGGAGAAGAUUGACAGCAUUGAGGACAACGUCAACACAGCCGCUGCUAACGUGGAGGAGGGGACCAAGAGCCUGGGGAAGGCCGUUGGCUACAAGUUGGCGGUGCUGCCGUUUGCAGGGGCGUUGCUGGGCGGCGUGUUAGGAGGUCCACUCGGCCUGCUGGCUGGGUUCAAAGUCGCAGGCGUGGCAGCGGCUCUGGGAGGGGGGGCUCUGGGGUUCGCCGGUGGCAACAUGGUCCAGAAACACCGCAAAACCCGAGUGGAUCUACAGAUGAAACAAAUGAGUGAACCGCCACCAGAACGGAACAAGGACAAAUGACCUAACAGUCCUGGCCUCUGACCCCGGGGUCCCGACUAAUCACAGAGGCCUCCGUGUUGACUGAGCAAUCAGCAGCACAGAGCAGAAGUCGGGGGGGGUCCACAAUGCCUUAAAGAGACUGGACAUGAAACGGCGUCUGUCGACACGCACUGCUGUGGUCAACUGUCUGUCAGCAUGACAUCAUUGAUCUUUACUAUUACUACUAAAUAAAUCUGUCAUUAAAUUAAGACCACAAUUGGACACCUCAGCCAUUUUGUCAAACGCUAUCACUAAAGCCUGCGUUAUAUUCUACGCAAAAAUGGUGCGACUUCAAUUGUGUGGGAGUGUAAACCUGUGAACACGUGUAUGGAGUGUAAAUCAAGCCGUUUAUUAAGACAUUGUUUUUACUCCUCGAGCUAGCAUCCUUAUUUCAUAUUAUUGUUCUUCACCUAUGUUUGCCAGAAGUUCCUUCUUGUGCAAAUGUAUAUCGCAACGUGAACAGCUGCACAAAUGAUGACUGAUGAUAUAUCACAAUGAUAUAUGGAGAGAAAGCAUCCAUUCAGUGUCAAAGUGAAUAUUCUUGAAUGUUUGAAUGAAUUAUACUGUUUGUACGGAUCCGCUUUUGCAACGUGUGAGACGCACACACUUUCAAUAAUAUCAUUCAUUGGAUAAACAUCACGUUGUUCAGAGACACUUAAAUAUAAAAGCAUCAGACAAACACCACAUUCUGUAAAAUGUUUUUU